CCGCUUCCGGUGAGCCUCGCUGUGGUCCCUGCGGCUGGCGGCCGUGUGUCUCCGCCAUAUUGUCUGUGUGAUCCCGGCGGGAGCGGCGGCCGCGGGGAGCGGGAAGAGCAGUAAGCCUCCUCCGUCUGCAACCUAUCUGUGGUUUGAAAACUCGCUGACAGUCUGUGGCCGCCAACCUGUCCACCAUGUCGGGACCUGUGCCAAGUCGGGCCCGUGUCUACACGGAUGUGAACACACACAGACCUCGGGAAUAUUGGGACUACGAGUCACAUGUUGUAGAGUGGGGAAACCAGGAUGACUAUCAGCUGGUGAGGAAACUUGGACGGGGAAAAUACAGUGAAGUGUUUGAAGCCAUUAAUAUUACCAACAAUGAGAAGGUGGUGGUAAAAAUCCUAAAGCCUGUGAAGAAGAAGAAAAUUAAGCGUGAGAUCAAGAUUCUGGAGAACCUGCGAGGGGGGCCUAACAUUAUUACAUUGGCAGACAUUGUGAAAGAUCCCGUGUCCAGAACGCCGGCCUUGGUUUUUGAACAUGUGAACAACACAGAUUUUAAGCAGUUAUACCAGACUCUAACAGAUUAUGACAUUAGAUUCUACAUGUAUGAAAUAUUAAAGGCCCUGGAUUACUGUCACAGUAUGGGCAUAAUGCACAGGGACGUGAAGCCUCACAACGUAAUGAUUGACCACGAGCACAGAAAACUACGGCUAAUAGAUUGGGGCUUGGCGGAGUUCUAUCACCCAGGACAAGAGUACAAUGUCAGAGUUGCAUCCCGAUACUUCAAGGGACCUGAGCUGCUAGUGGAUUAUCAGAUGUAUGACUACAGUCUAGAUAUGUGGAGCUUGGGCUGUAUGCUAGCCAGCAUGAUCUUCAGAAAGGAGCCCUUCUUCCACGGACAUGACAACUAUGACCAGCUGGUGAGAAUAGCCAAAGUACUGGGAACAGAAGAUCUGUACGAUUACAUUGAUAAGUACAAUAUUGAACUGGAUCCACGCUUCAAUGACAUUUUGGGCAGGCAUUCCCGUAAGCGAUGGGAGCGUUUUGUUCACAGCGAGAAUCAGCACUUGGUUAGUCCAGAGGCCCUGGAUUUCUUGGACAAGCUGCUGCGAUAUGACCACCAGACACGACUGACAGCUCGUGAAGCCAUGGACCACCAAUAUUUCUACCCCAUUGUGAAGGACCAGUCCCGGAUGGGUUCUUCUAAUAUGCCCAGCGGAAGCACCCCAGUCAGUAGCGCCAGUAUGAUGUCAGGUCAGUCCUCGCUCAGGGGCAGUGUCCGUGACAAGUCAGGGAUUUCCACGGUGCCAACUCCCUCCGCUCUGGGGUCUUUAGCUGGAUCACCUGUCAUCUCUGCAACCAACACCUUGGGGACGCCCGUUGCAGCUGCUGCCGGAGCCCCUCAGUAGAAAAUCUUUGUCCUGGCGCCUAGUCAGGAGAGGGCUCCAGGGGGUGGAUGAGAAGAUCCUGUUCUUUCACCCCUCUUCCUGACUCAUCUCCCAUCAGAACUGGAAGGAGGGGGCCACCCAAACAGAGAGGAAGCCCCCUGGAUGCGCCGUGUCUGAGCAGUUGCUUGUGGAUUUAUAGUAGUUCUGUCAUUAUAUAUAUAAAAAAUAUUAUAGGCUGAAUAAUUUUUUUUUUUACUUUUGUUAUGGCUCCUGAUCACGGGCUGUCCACGUGUCUUUGGGAUGUGGCUCCUGGUCAUGGGCUGUCCUCGUGUCUCUGGGAUGUGGCUCCUGGUCAAUGGAAACACUCAUGUCUCUGGGAUGUGGCUUUCUGCCACAGGCUAUAACCUCAUUGCUCCUGGUCACAGCCUACCCUAAUGUAUUUCUCCUUAUACUGUUUCCUGCAUAGUUUGUUCAUUUGUUUUUAUAUUUUUGUGAGUAUUCUGUUCCUUAUUGACACCCCACCUCCCAUUACCCAUCCUUUGUCUCACCUGCACAGAGAGGGGUGAGGAUUUUUGGCCUUGUGCUAAUUCUCCUAGGCUCUGAUUAUGUUCAGCUUUAUGACUGAUGUGAGUUAUUGUGGUGGGUGUAGGAGAGCCUUGCUGUUGAUCUCACUGUGCCUGCCCUGGGCAACUCCCAUUGUGCAUGAUAUUCCCAAACCAAAGCCAGAGCGUUUAAUGUGUGAUGUGGCCCCCAUUUUUUUCCCCUUUCCUUAUCCUUCCAACAUCCUUGGCAGAGUAACACUAGCUGAGAUUUCAAGUGCUACCAAUCAUCAAUCCACCCCCUUUUUCACCAACCACUGAGAGUGAUGGGUGGCAAGUUUAAAUUUAACAGUUUAAUUCAUGUGAUGAAUUCUCUUUUCCGCUCCCAUUAACUAUUCCCACCUAGCAGCUGGUUCAUUGACACUCUAAAUCAGAGAGUGGGCCAGAUACACCCCUGUCUCUUUAAUAAAUUCAUGACCCCCCCCCCUCCACUCCAUCAGAGAGCUGCCCCAGUGACACAGACAACAAAUGCUUUCUCCUUCACAUGUGACAGAUCUAAUGUUGGAACUAUUUGGUGUAAAUAAACAUGGUUUUAUUUAUCAAGGUUA